AUGUCCCACAAGUCGCUCUUUCGGCUCUCUAAUGCUGAAGCCGAGGCCGCCUUCGAUGUCGUUAUCAAGUUGCGUGAAGAUCUUCGGUCCACCUCUGUGCAGAUUCUGCAUUUCACUGACCAUUACGUUCAUCUGGAUCCGAAAUCUUUCGACUGGAGCGGUUUCAAAGCCGCCAUCGAUAAAUACACUGGCUCCGACCUCAGCUUUGACUUGUACAAGACCACGACUAUAUCCCAGUCUGAUGCGACAAUCGCUCAAUUCCUCCUCCAGGCCCUCGGUGUCGUAGCAGACCUAAACGAGUUGACGAGGACCAUCGAUAUGACCUUUACCAACUUGAAGUCUGCAAAGAAGAAUGGAUGGGCCAAUUUCUCCUCGUCCAGUGUCCAGGGCAACAGCUCCUGGGAGUACAGGGUGUUGUUUGCACUCCCCAAUGAGGACGUGCAUGAAACCGCUUUCUACAGCUUGGUGACCACCAUCAAGUUGGAGGCGGACAUCGAGCAUGAGGAGUCUUGGUGGGGUCUUCAAAGCAGCAUAAAGAAGAACUUCUCUGCCAUCAUCGACUCGAUGAGGCUUUUCGUUGUCAAAGGCUUCAAGGACCCUCGGACUGCCGCCUGA